CAUUCCAUGCAACUCCUAAUACUUAUAAACGAAAGAAUACAGAAACAGCAUUAGAUAAUAAGCCUUGUGGACCGCACUGUUAUCAACAUCUGGAAGGUGCAAAGGAGUUUGCAGCUGCCUUGACUGCUGAGCGUAUAAAGACACCACCAAAGCGCCCAGGUGGCCGCCGAAGGGGAAGACUUCCAAACAACACCAGCAGACCCAGCACGCCGACAAUAAAUGUAUUGGAAUCAAAAGACACAGACAGUGAUAGAGAAGCUGGAACUGAAACUGGAGGAGAAAACAAUGAUAAAGAAGAAGAAGAAAAGAAAGAUGAAACAUCCAGUUCCUCUGAAGCAAAUUCUAGGUGUCAAACACCAAUAAAGAUGAAGCCAAAUAUUGAGCCGCCAGAGAAUGUGGAAUGGAGUGGUGCAGAAGCCUCAAUGUUUAGAGUUCUUAUUGGCACCUACUAUGACAACUUCUGUGCAAUUGCCAGACUGAUUGGGACCAAAACAUGCAGGCAGGUGUAUGAGUUUAGAGUAAAGGAAUCUAGUAUUAUUGCUCCAGUCCCUGCUGAAGAUGUUGAUACUCCUCCCAGAAAGAAGAAAAGGAAACACAGGUUGUGGGCUGCUCAUUGCAGAAAGAUACAGCUGAAAAAGGAUGGGUCAUCGAAUCAUGUUUACAACUAUCAGCCAUGUGAUCAUCCACGUCAGCCUUGUGAUAGCUCAUGCCCAUGUGUAAUUGCUCAAAACUUCUGUGAGAAGUUUUGUCAGUGCAGCUCAGAAUGCCAAAACAGGUUUCCUGGAUGUCGUUGUAAAGCACAAUGCAACACUAAGCAGUGUCCAUGUUACCUAGCUGUACGCGAAUGUGAUCCUGACCUCUGUUUAACAUGUGGAGCAGCCGACCACUGGGACAGCAAAAAUGUUUCUUGCAAGAACUGCAGCAUUCAGAGAGGAUCCAAAAAACACUUGCUAUUGGCACCUUCAGAUGUGGCAGGCUGGGGAAUUUUCAUCAAAGAUCCUGUACAGAAGAAUGAAUUCAUCUCUGAAUACUGUGGUGAGAUUAUUUCACAGGAUGAGGCAGACAGAAGAGGAAAAGUAUACGACAAAUACAUGUGCAGCUUUCUCUUUAACUUGAACAAUGAUUUUGUGGUUGAUGCAACACGUAAGGGCAACAAAAUUAGAUUUGCAAACCAUUCAGUUAAUCCCAACUGCUAUGCAAAAGUUAUGAUGGUUAAUGGUGAUCACAGAAUAGGAAUAUUUGCUAAAAGAGCCAUUCAGACUGGUGAAGAACUGUUCUUUGACUACAGAUAUAGCCAAGCUGAUGCCCUUAAGUAUGUGGGCAUUGAAAGAGAAAUGGAAAUCCCUUGACACCAGCUACCUCUUCUUUUAAACAAACAGCUGCCUUAUCUUCAGGAAUUUCUAGUACUGUGGGCAAUUUUAGAAAAAUAAAAAUGAUGCAAUUUGAAAUUCUGUAUUUGCAAAGUACUGUAACAGUAAUUUAUAGUAACAAAUUUAAAACAACUUUUUAUUGCCUUCUCACCAGCUGCAAAGUGUUUUGUACCUAUGAACUUUUGCAAUAAUGUGGUGUGGUACAUUUUUUCAACCUUGAAUAAAGGAUACUUGAACUUCUUCAUUUUUACUGGA